GAAUGAAUGGCACAAAUAUAACUAUAUAAACCACAAGUUUUUUUUCUUUCUGAAACAAUCAAUCCUACUUAUCUGCAUUAAUCAUGCCAAGGGUACAACAACAGCAGCAGAAAGGUACGAGCAUGGAGGCGAUCAUAAAGAAGGGGGCAUGGUCUCCGGAGGAAGACCAAAAACUGAGAGGUUAUAUCAUGAAAUAUGGCAUCUGGAACUGGAGACAGAUGCCCAAAUUCGCAGGGCUUUCAAGAACGGGGAAAAGUUGUAGACUAAGAUGGAUGAACUAUCUCCGCCCUGAUGUUAAGAGAGGACCCUUUACCACGGAAGAGGUUGAAAUUGUCAUCAAAACUUAUCAGGAACUUGGAAAUAGCUGGUCAGCAAUAGCUGCAAAAUUGCCUGGAAGAACAGAUAACGAAGUUAAGAACUUCUUCCACACACACUUAAAGAAGCAUCUUGGACUGAAAAAUCAUGAUGUUCCAUUGAAAACUAGGAAAAUCCGCAAACAAACCAAAGAAGAUGAGAAGAAAAUUAGUACUCGAGGAAGACUUGUACUUGAAACGAGCAAUAACAGCAAUUUAUUAACAACAGAUGUUUGUUCACCCUGCAGCAGCAUUACUACAUGUGAAGAAAACCAAAUGAUGGAUCCUUUUGUGAAUUUCUCACAAACUUUUGAAGUUUGUUAUAACAACAUUACUUCACUUGUUGUCGAUCAACAAGUCCCCGGCAUGGAACACACAUGUAUAAAUAUUGGUGUUGCCCAACCACAUUCCAUUCCCCAUGGUCCUGCUGUUAACUCCUUCGAUCAAUUCGAUAUGAAUUCAUUCUGGAUUGAUGUACUUGGAAAUAUCUGAACAUCUUACUUUCUAAAACAUGUUACAAGUUAGAACCCAUGUGCAGGUCCUAGUUUUUAUCCA